CUGUACACCUACCUCCAUGUCCUUCUUCUAUGCAGGUGUAUGCAGAUGACGUGCUCACCAAAGAUGAACAGAUAGGCCUCUUGUUCAAAGCCAAGCGUAUGUGUGAGGGAAACAUCAUUUCAAAGCAAAUCUUUCCAGAUGGCUUCUGCUCACCGGAGUGGGAUGGUAUUGUUUGCUGGCCUGAGGGGGCUCCAGGAGAGCUUGUUUCCACGGCAUGUCCAGAGUACAUCCAUGACUUCAACCACCAAGGACUAGCAUACCGUCGCUGUGACAACAAUGGGACAUGGGAGCUGGCCGCCACCAAUAACAAGACCUGGGCCAAUUAUAGUGAAUGUGCAAAAUUCUUCCCUCACUACAACCACAACCAUGAGAAGGAGGUCUUCCAUCGCUUGUACAUCAUCUACACCGUGGGCUACUCCAUCUCUCUGGGCUCCCUCAUGGUGGCUGUGGGAAUACUGGGAUAUUUCCGGCGCCUGCACUGCACCCGCAACUACAUCCACAUGACCUGUUGUGUCUUCAUGCUGAGGGCCAUCAGCAUCUUCGUGAAGGACGUGGUGCUGUACUCGGGCUCCGCCAUGGAGGACAUGGAGAGGGUCACCGUGGAAGACCUCAAGUCCACCGAGGGCCCCGCCCGCAGACAAAACACAGUUUUCCAAAUUGUUUGGAUGAAUGAGAAGAUUAGGGCCCCCGUUGGUAGGGCCCCUGGGGAGGAGAUUGGAUGCAAGGUGGUGGUGACGGGUUGCCUCUACUUCCUGGCACUAACUACUACUGGAUCCUUGUGGGGGCCUGUACCUCCACGCCUCAUCGUCAUGACCUUCUUCUCUGACAGGAAGUAG